AUGGCGCCGACUCGAUCCAAACCGAAACCGCACAUGCAGAGCGCUGCGGCGCCGGCCUUCAACAAGGCUGCGCUGUCGCAGCUGACGGCGAAGCUCGAAAAGGACCUGGAGAAGGCCAGCGUGCAGAACCUGCAGGGAGGGAAGCGGAAGCGCAGCACCGACGCCGUCGACGACGAGGCAGAGGCCGACAAGCACAAGGCCAGCAGAGCACCCAAGCGGCAGGCGGCCGCAGACGAGCCGAAAGCGAGCACUGCCUCGGCCGCAACCAAAGAGACGGCCGACACCAAUGCCAGCAAGAAGUCUGUCAUGCUCGAGGAGAUCAAGGCACUAGGAGGCGACGAGGGCGAUCUUGAGCUCGUUGACGGCAUCGACUCCGACGCCGAAGAUGGGGCCGGCGGCGGAAAGGCAGCCGAUGCUGUCCUGUCUCUGGACGACUCGUUCAAGAAUGAGCUGGCCAGCUUUGCAGCCAGCCUCGGCUUCGACCAGGCGCGCGAGGACGACCUGGACGACGCGGCAGCAGAGGAGGAGCUUGUCACUGCCGACGCCGACAACGACAACGAACAAGAGGGAGAAGAGGAAGAAGAAGAAGAUGAGGAGGAAGAACAGCCCGAACCAGCAGUAGAAAAGAAGGAGGAGAUCAUCACCCGGCAAGAGGUCCCGAAACCUGCGCCAGCAGCUUUGGAGUCGCUCAUUCCGAGGAACCCCAAGUUCUCCAAAUUGACGUUCGAGCCCCGUCCCGACUGGCACCAGGUCAGCCUGCCAGUGUUGCCGGCGCCGGUGUCGGACGACAUCAGCCGGCUCUCGACCACGAUUGCCAACCUCAAGACGUACGGACAGACGCUGAUGGAAGCCGAUGGGGCGCUGUACCAGAAGAUCGUGGCGUCGUCGUCGUCGCAUCGCUUCAUGUCGACCAUCAUGUCAUCGGGUACCAUGUCCGACAAGGUCUCGGCCCUGACGCUCGAGGUGCAGGAAGCGCCCGUGCACAACAUCAAAGCCUUUGAGAGCCUGCUGGGCCUGGCGGCCAAGCGGAGCCGCGGCCAGGCGAUUGCGGCCCUGGGCGCCUUGGUCGAUCUGCUGGGCAACGGCGUUGUGCUGCCGCCAGACCGCCGCCUGCGCGCCUUCCACGCGCAGCCGGGCCUCGUCGGCGUCCUGCAGGCCGCUGAGAAGGUGGCCAAGGUUGAGCGCAGCCGCCAGUACCAGCGCAACCAACAGGACCUGCAGAACCAGCGGAACCAGCGCUUCCAGCGGAACCCCAAGAACCAAAAGAACGCCAAGCCGCUGCCCGAAACUGCUGACGCCAGCGCCGACCGCUGGGCUCCCGGCCAACGCCUACCCGACGGCAUCACCAAGGCCCAUCUCGUCCAGUGGGCCUACGAGGACUGGCUCAAGGAUGCCUUCUUCCGCCUGCUGCAGGUGCUCGAGGUGUGGUGCGGCGACGAGAUCGAGUACUCGCGCACCCGUGCCCUCGACUUUGUCUUUGGUCUGCUGCGCGACAAGCCCGAGCAGGAGGCCAACCUGCUGCGUCUGCUGGUCAACAAGCUGGGUGACCGCGAGCGCAAGAUCGCCUCGCGCGCCUCCCUGCGCGCCAAAUACUACGCCAUCAACACGCUCAACCAGACCAUCCUCAGCACAAAGGAACCCACCGUCGCCGACAGCCUCGUCCGCGUCUACUUUGAGCUCUUCCUCUCCCUGCUCAAGAGCGGCGCUCUCGGUGCCAUCGACAUGCCCGAUGCCGCGGACGAUAUCGCCGCCAGCGGCUCCGCCCCCAAAAAGAACGACAAGAGAGGCGGCAAGCGGGACGACCGCCGGCGAGACAAACCCAAGCCCGCCGACGACGACAAGGACAAGGAUGCCAAGAAGGACAAGGAGAAGAACACUGGCAAUGAGCGCGACGUCGCCGAGAAGCUCGUCUCUUCCCUGCUCACCGGCGUCAACCGGUCCAUCCCCUUUGCCAGCGCGGAUGAUACAACUCUUGAGAAGCACAUCGACACGCUCUUCCGCGUGACGCACUCGUCCAACUUCAACACGAGCAUCCAGGCGCUCGUGCUGGUGCAGCAGGUGGCCGUGGCCAAGCAGAUUGCCGUCGACCGGUUCUACCGCACGCUGUACGAGUCGCUGCUGGAUCCGCGCCUGGUCACGUCGUCCAAGCAGGCCAUGUACCUCAACCUGCUCUUCCGCGCGCUCAAGAAUGACGUGGACGUGCGGCGGGUCAAGGCGUUUGUCAAGCGCAUGCUGCAGAUCUCCACGCUGCACCAGCCGCCGUUUGUGUGCGGCAUCUUGUUUUUGAUUGUCGAGCUGGAGACGUCGUUCCCGGACCUGAAGUCGCUGCUGAACAGCCCGGAGGAAAACGAGGAGGAUGAGGAGGAAGUGUACCACGACGUCGUGAUGACCGAGGAUGGCCGUGCGGCCGCAGCCGAGCAGCCCAGCUUCGAGCCGGCGGCCAAGAUCGCGCGCGCCACGUACGACGGCCGCAAGCGCGACCCCGAGUACAGCAACGCACAGAAGAGCUGUCUGUGGGAGCUGGUGCCGUACUUUCACCACUUCCACCCGUCCGUCAUGGCCUUUGCCACCAACCUACUCGUGCGCCAGACGUCGCUGCCGAAGCCCGACAUGGCCAACCAUACGCUCAUGCACUUCCUCGACAAGUUUGUUUACCGCAACGCCAAGGCCACCGACGGCAAGCAGCACGGUGCCUCCAUCAUGCAGCCGCUCGUUUCGGCCGGCGACGGCGCCACCACGUCGGCCAACGGCGCCUCACAGAUCGUGGCCCCGGCAAAGGCCGCGUCCCAGCAGCAGGCGCAGAAGCAGAAGCCGUCGACCUCGGUCAACUCGGCCGCCUUCUGGAACAAGAAGGUCGAGGACGUCGCCGCCGAGGACAUCUUCUUCCACGCGUACUUUUCCCAGGUCGGCAAGCCGGCACAGACCAGCCGGGCAGCCAAGCGCGACGCCCAGCGGAAGGAGAAGGAGGCGGCCGAGGCAGCUGCAGCCGCUGGCUCGGACGCCGGCUCCGAUGCCGACGAGGAGGAGAUCUGGAAGGCGCUCAAGGGAUCGCGGCCCGAGGUCGAUGCGGAUACGGUUGUCGACAUGGACGACCUGUCCGACGACGACGACGACGACAUGUCUGGCCUGGAGGAGCUGCUCAACAUAGGAGCACGGGAACACGGGAAACCACUCGAGUGCUUCGGUCGCCGGGAGGAGGGUCUGGUACGUGUGCAGGUGGCCGUCGCCUUCGUCGGUGGGCGUGUCAAUCUCGCGCGUGUAGAAGCUGUGGAAGCAGGCCUUCGAAUUUGGUCCCUCGUCAAAGGCGCGGAAGUGCACGUAGGCCGGCGCGGCUUCGUCGCCGCCGGCCGCCGCCACGAGCGCUGGGAUGCGCAGCUUGCCAAACAGGAUGAUGCCGUAGGCCGUAGAGGCGACGCGGACGAGCACCAAAUCGUGAGACGUGAACGAGGCCAGCUCGUGAUCCGACAGGCCGGAUGCGGCAGCAAAGCUCUCUGGCUGAUGUUCUGGUCACUAUCAGCAGAUGUUGGCGCCUAUACUUGUACGCGUACCCCUCUCCCACGUACUGUCGUGGUCGUGGCGCAGAUGCACGAGCUGCUUCCGGAGCUCGUGCUCAAUCUCGCCAAACGCCUUGAUGGACUCGUGCUUGGGCAAAUGGGCCUCGCCCAGAUCGGCCGUCUCUCGGGUAGCCUGCAGCAUCGGUCAGCAGUCGUGUAUCCGGUCAUGAUGUUUCAUCUCGCCGUGCAUACCAUUGUCUGUGCUUUGUUGAGGAAUUGGAAUGCGAUCAGGGCAGGGGUCAGGUUUUAA